ACGGCCGCGAGUAGACCGCUUCCUGCGUGUAAAAAUUGUAUUCAUCGCCGCUGUGACAUUGAAUUCUUUAUUUAUAUUAUUUUUAUUCAUCACUCAUCACCCCACGCCUCCAUCGAUCAGGACAGUUUCAGGAUAUUAUGUUCAAAAAUUAGGAAGGAAGAAUUCCCCACAUUGUCAAAAGAUGUCGAGCGAAAAAUAAAAUAGCGGGCUUUUGCGGUGUACGAAACCGUCAAAAAUGGGAUCUGGGAAAUGUUGCGGAGUUAGCGCUAUCAAAGCUGUACUGUAUGUGUUCCAGUUUGUAUUUUUGGUAACUGGCUUGGCGCUAUGUGUGAUUGGAGUGUGGGCUUUCCUGAGAACUUUCCACUUCAUGAACGUGCUUGACAGCACGGCGUACUCUUCCACCAUUUUCUUGUUCAUUUCCACGGGUUGUCUAGUCAUACUAGUGGCUAUCUUGGGCUGCUGCGCCAUACCAAAACAUAGGACGAAACUACUAUUUUGUUAUACUUUGUUCUUAGUGCUAAUUUUCCUUAUGGAAGCUCUUGUAGGAGUGCUUUCGUAUAUUUAUCAAGAAAACAUCGACGAGGAAAUGAAUCUGAGGUUCAAUUCCACCCUUCUCACGACUUACAAACAGAUGGAUGGAAAGACAGAAUCUAUCGAUGUCAUACAACAGAGGUUGGCAUGCUGUGGUGCUGAAAGUUACCAAGAUUGGAAGUACAGUAACUGGCUGCAAAAUACAGCAGUCUUAAACAAAGUACCUGAUUCUUGUUGUAAGUCCAUACUGUAUGAGUGUGGAAUCAGAGACCAUCCAUCCAACAUUUUUUUAGAAGGGUGUAGCGAACCAGUUGCAUCCCAAUUAAAAUGGUUCCUGUGGCUGAUAUGUGCAGUGUCAUUAGGUUUUUGCCUGAUACAAGUCAUAGGUAUAAUUUUCGGCAUAGUACUAUUCUUAAAAUUGGAGUCAGGUCUGGAGUACGAGCCGAACGAUACUCCUAGUGGGAAUGAAACUCUCCUGUCAGAGAGGCAACUGUAGCUGU